AGCACCCGCCGCACCGCAGCUCCGGGACCGGCCCGGGCCGCCGCCGCCGCCGCCGCGAUGGGCAACGCCGCCGCCGCCAAGAAGGGCAGCGAGCAAGAGAGUGUCAAAGAGUUCUUAGCCAAAGCCAAAGAAGAUUUUCUUAAAAAAUGGGAAAAUCCCGCUCAGAAUACAGCGCAGUUGGAUCAGUUUGAGCGCAUCAAGACCCUCGGCACGGGCUCCUUCGGGCGGGUGAUGCUUGUCAAGCACAAAGAGACCGGCAACCACUAUGCCAUGAAGAUCCUCGACAAACAGAAGGUGGUGAAGCUGAAACAGAUCGAGCACACCCUGAAUGAAAAACGCAUUCUGCAAGCAGUUAACUUCCCGUUCCUCGUCAAACUCGAGUUCUCCUUCAAGGACAACUCAAACUUGUACAUGGUCAUGGAGUACGUACCCGGCGGGGAGAUGUUCUCACACCUGCGGCGGAUUGGGAGGUUCAGCGAGCCCCACGCUCGCUUCUACGCCGCGCAGAUCGUACUGACCUUCGAGUACCUGCACUCGCUGGAUCUCAUCUACCGAGACCUCAAGCCCGAGAACCUCCUCAUAGACCAGCAGGGCUACAUCCAGGUGACAGACUUCGGCUUUGCCAAGCGCGUGAAAGGCCGCACCUGGACCUUGUGCGGGACCCCCGAGUACCUGGCCCCUGAGAUCAUCCUGAGCAAAGGCUACAAUAAGGCCGUGGACUGGUGGGCCCUGGGAGUGCUCAUCUACGAGAUGGCUGCCGGCUACCCGCCGUUCUUUGCCGACCAGCCCAUCCAAAUCUACGAGAAGAUUGUCUCUGGGAAGGUGCGAUUCCCAUCUCACUUCAGCUCGGACUUGAAGGACCUGCUGCGGAACCUCCUGCAGGUGGAUCUCACAAAGCGCUUCGGGAACCUCAAGAACGGAGUCAAUGACAUCAAGAACCACAAGUGGUUUGCCACAACCGACUGGAUCGCCAUCUACCAGAGGAAGGUGGAAGCUCCUUUCAUACCAAAGUUUAAAGGCCCCGGGGACACGAGUAACUUUGACGACUAUGAGGAGGAAGAGAUCCGAGUCUCCAUCAAUGAGAAGUGUGGCAAAGAGUUUGCUGAGUUUUAGGGGUGUACCUGUGCCCCUAUGGGUUUUCUUUUCUUUCUUUCUUUUUUUUUUUUUUUUUGGUGGGGGUGGGUGGGAGGGUUGGAUUGAACAGCCAGAGAGCCCCCCGAGUUCCUUGCAUCUAACUUCACCCCACCCCACCCUCCCAGGUAGGGGGGAGCAGGAGGCCCAGAUAUUUAGAGUGAAGGAACCACCAGCCGCACCCCCUCCUGUCCCCCCCCCAGGAGCCCUUAUCCCCUAACCCACUUCUGCCUGUUUUAAACGCGUUCAUCAGCUCCAGUGAGACCAGGUCUUGCUGGUGCGUCCAGGGACAGGGUGCAGAACGAAGGGCCCAAACUGAACUCCAGCCCGGCACCCCCAUGCUCACCCCACCACGGGCCAAGGGCGACAGCGAUGGAAAAGCCAACCUUCCCUUUGGAGCCGGGGCCCAGGGGAAGGAGAGAGAUUUUUUUUUUUUUUUUUUAAGUGACCCGUUCAGUGGGCUUCUUGCUAGGAUUUUUUUUUUUUUUUUUUUAAAGAAACCAUUUAAAAUCUUAUUUAAAGUCCACCAGUGCCUCCUCCACCCCCGCCCCCCAAGCCCACGAGUACCAGGCUGGGAAGCAGAUCAGCUUUGUUCAAGGAAAGAGCUGGGGUGUGAGCCUCUGCCCCCAUCUCGGGGUGGGGGGAUGGCGGGGGUGUCCCCUGCCAAGCCUGCAGGGGGUGGGGGUCUCAGCCCCCUGAGCAAGCCCCUACUUCUCCAAGAGACCUUUCCUCAUCCUUAGGCUUUGGAAGUCAGACAAAGCAGCUGCCCCUCUCCCUGCCAAAGAGUCCCCCCCACCCCACCCCAAACCCCCCAAAAAAAGAGAGAGAGGGAGAGCCCAGCCCAGGGCCUCUCCUCCGAACUCCUGAAUUUUAUUCUCAGCUAGAUUUUAAAGGCCCAGCCUCCCCGUCAAGGCAGCAACCCCGUGAAAGGACUAAGAGGCCAGGUCACCCACCCACCCACCCCAUGGCCCAGGGUUCAAGGCCAUGGCCGCUGGGGAGGGGCUGCCCGUUUUUAUUCACCCAGUAGCUCUGGCACGCCCCGCCCUCCACCCCAAGCUGGGCACCUCCUCUCUAGCUUAACUGUCAGCUGUCCAUCACCUCUUUCUUCCCGCCCCCACCCCCCCCACGUCUGAUUUGUGCUUUUCCCCCUCUCUGAAAAGUGGGGAGCAACUGGGGAGCCACCCCACUGGUUCCCCACUUUGCCCCCUCUCUCUCCUAAGUUCUGCCCAUCCCGGGAGGAGCUGCCAGGCCUGGGGUGGGGCCCCGGGUGGGCGCUGGGGGCGAGUCAACCUGUGUGCGCAAACGACGAGACUUCCUCUUGAAAGUGUGCUGUUGUAAACAUAUUUGAAAGCUAUUA